ACCGGGCGCCCGGGCUGUCCUCCGCGCAGCCCACUCAAAGCCGUGGUCUCCAUCCUGGAGGCCGCCCGGCCUGAGCCGAAGCCCGGGUCACCUGCGCCUCUCGCUUGAGCCUCUGGCCUCGGCUUCCAGCGCUGGGCCUUGCCCCGCCCGUCUGCCCGCUUCACACCGCAUCCAGCCCCCGAAUUCGCGCCACACCACCCCUGAGCCAGGCUGAGGACAAGCAACCUGGUUCUGGUCCCCAGGCCCCUCCAAACUCUUGACAUCUGCAGCUGCACUGCUGCCUGACCAGGCCCCACCGCCGGAUCCCCAGCUCUCUUCCUGCCCGAAGGCGGGAGAGGUGGGCAGGCCCUUCCCACCUGCUCGCUCCCCUCCUCCUAUGAGGACACGCAGGCCACCCUCAGCCAUUUCCAUGGCCUGUCUGCUGUCUUUAUUUCCCGCCAUGAGCCCCAGCCAUGUUCAGCCUGGUGGCCUUCCUGCUUCUCUUUACUUGCCCUGUGUUGAGUGUCCCAUCUUCCCUAGCACGACAUUGAACAGGAGGACCCCCGGGGGCGCACUCCCCUGGAGCUGGCUGUGUCCCUGGGGAACCUGGAGUCCGUGAGAGUCCUCCUUCGACACAAUGCCAAUGUGGGCAAAGAGAGCUGCCAGGGCUGGGCAGUCCUGCAGGAGGCCGUCAGCACUGGGGACCCCGAGAUGGUACAGCUGGUGCUCCAGUAUCGGGACUACCAGAGGGCCACACAGAGACUGGCUGGCAUUCCGGAAUUGCUCAACAAACUCCGCCAGGCCCCCGAUUUCUACGUGGAGAUGAAGUGGGAGUUCACCAGCUGGGUGCCCCUCGUGUCCAAGAUGUGCCCGAGUGACGUGUACCGAGUGUGGAAGCGGGGGGAGAGCCUGAGGGUGGACACCAGUCUUCUGGGCUUUGAGCACAUGACCUGGCAGCGUGGCAGGAGGAGCUUUAUCUUCAAGGGCCAGGAGGCAGGAGCCUUGGUGAUGGAAGUGGACCACGACCGGCAGGUGGUGCACACCGAGACGCUGGGGCUCGCCCUGCAUGAGCCGGAAGCGCUGCUGGCCGCCAUGCGGCCCAGUGAAGAGCAUGUGGCCAGUCGGCUCACCUCUCCUAUUGUCUCCACCCACCUGGACACGCGCAAUGUGGCCUUCGAGAGGAACAAAUGUGGUAUCUGGGGCUGGCGGUCUGAGAAGAUGGAAACCGUUAGCGGCUACGAGGCCAAGGUAUACAGUGCCACCAAUGUGGAGCUGGUGACACGCACUCGCACGGAGCACCUCUCUGAUCAGGACAAGUCGAGGAGCAAAGGUAAACCGAGGAGGGAAGACUCCAUUCCAGUCCUUCCUCGGGAUGGCCCAGCAGCACUCCCACAGCGGGGUGAGCCAGGCCCCCAGGCUCCUGUGCAGCAGGCCGCCAGCCCCACCAACCCCACAGCCAUUUCCCCCAGUGAAUACUUCGAUCCCAACUUCAGUCUGGAGUCGAGGAACAUUGGCCGCCCCAUUGAGAUGUCCAGCAAAGUACAGAGGUUCAAGGCCACGCUCUGGCUGAGUGAGGAGCACCCGCUCUCCCUGGGUGACCAGGUGACGCCCAUCAUUGACCUGAUGGCCAUCAGCAACGCUCACUUUGCCAAGCUGCGUGACUUCAUCACCCUGCGCCUUCCCCCCGGCUUCCCAGUCAAGAUUGAGAUUCCCCUUUUCCACGUGCUCAAUGCCCGCAUCACCUUCAGCAACCUGUGUGGCUGUGACGAGCCCCUGAGCUCGGUGUGGGUGCCGGCCCCCGGCUCGGGCUCGGGCGGCCCAGCAUCAGGGAGCCCUUUCCCGUGCGAGGUGGACCCCGCCGUGUUUGAGGUGCCCGAGGGGUACAGCGUGCUGGGCACAGAGCGCAGUGAGCCCCUUCGUGACGAGGAUGACGACCUGCUGCAGUUUGCCAUCCGGCAGAGCCUGCUGGAGGCGGGCGCGGAGGCCGAGCAGGUAACAGUCUGGGAAGCCCUGACCAACACCCGGCCUGGGGCCCACCCUCUUCCCCAGGCCACCGCUUACGAGGAGCAGCUUCAGCUGGAGCGGGCCCUCCAAGAAAGCCUGCGGAUGUCCACAGAGCCCAACGGCCCAGAAUCCCCUCACAGGAGCCCCCCGGCCCCAGCCCCGCCAAGCUUUGAGGAGCAACUUCGCCUGGCCCUGGAGUUGUCUUCGAGAGAGCACGAGGAGCAGGAACGCCAGGGGCAGCAGGAGGAGGAGGACUUGCGGAGGAUCCUGCAGCUCUCGCUCACGGAGCACUGAGCACCCGGCCCCCGGGGGAGGGGGGGGGCCCCCGUCUGGGCUGCUGCCCCGCCUGCUUUUGUUACUUAUCUAUUUAUAAACUCUCUGCUGCUAAGCUUGGGGCCUGGAGCCCUGGCCGUGGACUUGCGUUGGAGACCUAGGUGGAAAUAAAGAGACUUUAAGCAGCA